AUGUCUCAAGCUGGAAAAGAUGGCGCUUUUGAGCCCGUCCCUGAGGCUCAAGCCCAGAAACUCCCCGGAACAGAAAAGGCUAUGAAUCCGACCAGCGAGUCAACCAAACUCGAGGGCAAGGAUGGAUUUCACGAGUAUCGCGCCGCCAACAAACUCGAGGGCACCAAAGCUCUCAUCACAGGCGGAGACUCUGGAAUCGGCCGCUCAGUCGCCGUCCUCUUCGCGCGUGAAGGCGCAGACGUCACUAUCGUCUACCUCCCAGAAGAACAGGAGGAUGCCGAAGAGACCCAAAGAAUGGUCGAGAAGGAAGGUCGCAAGUGUGUCCUCUUUGCUGGAAAUCUCAUGGAUAAUGAGACCUGCAAGAAGGCUGUUCAGAAGCACGUUGAUGAGUUUGGUAUAAUCCAUGUCCUGGUAAACAACGCUGCUAAGCAGAUCAUGUGUGAGGAUUUCAAGGACAUCGACCUGGAUAAUGUUGAGAGUACAUUCCGAAGCAACAUUCUUCAAAUCUUUGCUAUGACAAAGUAUGCGCUCCACCACAUGGAGAAAGGCGGCUCCAUCAUCAACUCAACCUCCACAGUUGCCUUCCGAGGCACAGCAGCCAUGGUAGACUACGCUUCAACAAAGGGUGCCAUCACAUCAUUCACACAAUCCCUAUCCAAGCAGCUCGUCAAGCAGGGCAUUCGAGUCAAUGCCGUUGCUCCAGGACCAGUGCACACUCCUCUCCAGCCAGCGUCACGACCAGCGGAGCAGAUGGAAGGGUUCGGAAAGCAGUCCCAGCUGGGACGAGUUGGACAGCCUAGUGAGAUUGCGCCGAGUUAUGUGUUCUUGGCUUCUAAGGAUGCUUCGUUGUUUUACGGACAGGUGCUUCAUGCUUAUCCCCUUGGCGAUUAG